GCUGACGUUCAAUGAAUGUUUGGUACAUGUUUCCAACUGCAGAUUCAGGAAGACAUUUCUCUGGAUGACUUCAGCGACUGUUCCUCUGACUCAAUAGAAGUCUGCUGUGAUGACCUCAAUACUGGAGGAAUGCUUGGGGGUAGCCCAAGAGGACAAGGAGUAGAUCUCGAGACUGAAGCUGACAAAACGUCCAAAGCCAAGACCCCCCAGGGCCAGGUGGGAGCCAACGGAGUUGGGGGCAUGGCUGCGAAAAGGGGCAAGUCAGGGCUCCCACAGGCUACUCCUCGUGCUGAGCUAAAGGUCUACCGAGCGGGAAACUCAGAGGGUCGUCUUCCAGUGCCUAGUAACCUACGCAAGCAAAAGUCCUUGACCAAUUUAUGCGUGCUUACGGAUGCCGAGAAGAAGAUGCACCUGUACCAGCCCAAGUGGUCGGACGACAUGGAAAAGCCAGGGGCAGGUCAGAACAAGUCCGGCAAGCUCAAAGAUGCAGGAGGGGGUACAGGCAAGGGUAUCCCACUUUCCAAGAAUCUUUCCAAGUCAGAGCAUUCACUGUUUCAGGGAAAGCCAAAACCCUUUAGCCCACCUUCCAAACUGGGCAAACCCAGUCGGAUACCAAAGGGUCCUUACGCUGAGGUCAAACCCAUCAGCAAGGCUCAAGAGCUGGCAGAUGACAGCAAGUCAGAUGAUGAGAUCUUGUCCAGCAAGGCUAAAGCUAAUGGUAAGAAAACUUUAAGUGGUACCUCAGGGGCAGCCACCCCAGGAGGGGGCGGAGGGGGCAAAGAUGCACCAGAACCAGAGGAAGGGGACAAGACCUUCCUAAAGGUGGACCCUGAACUGGUUGUAACGGUACUUGGGGACCUGGAGCAGCUUCUCUUCAGUCAGAUGUUGGAUCCCGAGUCCCAGAGGAAACGCACCGUUCAGAAUGUCCUCGACCUCCGGCAGAACCUGGAAGAUACCAUGUCCAGCUUACGGGGGUCGCAGCUCAGCCACAGCUGUAUAGAGAACAGCAUGUGCUACGACAGCGAUGAGACUAACGCCCGCAGCAUCUCUAGCCUGUCCAACCGUUCCUCUCCUCUCUCCUGGCGCCAAGGCCAGUCCAGCCCUCGGCUGCAGGCUGGUGACGCCCCCUCCUCCGGGGUCACCGCCCACUCGCUGCCCAUCCGAGCGACAUCGCAGAUCAGCCACCUGCAGCACAUCCAGCUCAUGGAGGGCCUGGACGCCGUGGACGAUGACCUGGCCGACCUUAAGUCUGGUUACCUCAGCGACAGCAACCUUACGGGCAAGAGCCAACCAGAAGAUGAAGAUGAUGAUGAUGAUGACGUUGAUGUAGACGUUGAUGAUGAUGACCUAGACAAUGGUUGGGAUGAAAGCAGCUCCAUCAGCAGCGGUUUGAGUGACGGUUCAGACAACCUCAGCUCAGAGGAGUUCAACGCAGGCUCCUCCCUCAACUCCCUGCCAACAACUCCCAUUGGCUCCCGACGAAACUCCGCCAUUGUGCUGCGCACCGAUGCUGAGAAGCGCUCGCUGGUUGAAAGUGGCCUUUCCUGGUACAGCGAGGAGGGGAAGGCACAAUGCCGGAAUGAGGGAGGAUAUGACACGGGCAGCCUUAAGGCGGAGUCGUCCAGCAAGUGGAAAAAAAGCCGAUCUCAGGAUGACACGGGAGUCAAGGGUGAGCUGAGGAAACCGCAGACGCUUGGCCACCCACCCAGCGGACUGAAGAAGAGCCGUAACCCUCCUGUAGGCGUGACCUCCCCCAUCACGCACACCUCACAGAGCAUGCUCAAAGUGCCAGGAGUUCCAAAGAACGAUCAGCGAGUUGUGGAUAAAGCCAAAAUGGCAGUGAAAUCAUCAGGCUUACAGCGCUCCAGUUCGGAUGCAGGGAAAGAUCGUGGCGAGCACAGAAAACCUCCUUCCGGUCUCGUCCGUCCCUCCGCCGGCACAGUUAAUUCCUUCGGGUACAAGAAAACCGCUCCAACUACCGGCACCGCCACUGUGCUAACAACUAGUGGAAACACCGUCUCCGAAAACUCUGCGAUUGUCAACAAAACUCCUAAAACCUCUGGUAUCCCAGUGAAACCCUCUGCCGGUGGGGGAGGUGGAGGACGCAAGACCAGUCUUGAUGUGUCGAACUGUGAUCAAGGUUUCAUGGCUCCGAACGCACGCAACAACAUCCAGUAUCGUAGUCUCCCGAGACCCGCCAAGUCCAGCACUUUGAGUCUGACGGGAGGACGGCCGGGCGCUCGUCCCGUCAGCAGCAACAUGGACGCUGGUCUGCAGGGCCUAAAAACAGUGCCCGCCCCGUCCAGACUGAAGGAACCAGGCAGUGUGAAGAGCUCCCAUCGGGCUAGUACAGGAGGGUGUGCUCCAGUCAACCAGACGGACCGGGAGAAGGAGAAGGCCAAAGCCAAGGCAGUGGUGUCUGAUUCUGAGUGCGGCGGAGGCGGCCCGCUAAAGAACAGCACAUUGACACCAACACAGAGCACGCUGGAGCCUCCUUCCAAACUUCUUGGGCUUCGGCAGCCAUCCAGCCUGGGCAAAUAUUCAGAGCUGCCCUCUCCCAACUCUCAGAGGCCCUCCAGUGCCAGAUCUCUGCCCAAACCUGCUCACCUGGACAAGGUCAACUCCAACAGUCUGGACUGUGCGAUAGUCGACGUGGAGGACCAGCUUCCUCCCAAAGUGCCACCCUUCUCCAAAUUACAAGAACUAUCAGGAAUUAGCAGCACAAGCUGUCUGACACCCAGUCCGGCUCCCAUCCUCAACGUCAACUCCUCUGAGUGUUUCCCCAGCGCCACGGUGGGCCGAGGGGGCAGCGCUGGCGGCUCUCCCUCGCUCUACCCCCGCCUCUCUGGGCUGCACCGUAGCAUGGAGUCCUUGUCUCUGCAGAUGAGCGUGUCUCCAGCAGGGGGUGGCAUGACGGAGCCCAGGCCCAGAAAUGAGGACAGAGGGACGGAUGGUGGCUGGUCGACAGGAAGCAGGGUCUCGCUCACGCUCACGACAGACAGCUCACAAAGGGACAGAAAUACUCUCCCAAAGAAAGGCUUAAGCCAGCACAUGUCCUCGCAGGCUGAGGAGGACAGCAAAGAGAGACGUCACUCGCACACUAUAGUGAGCCUGACUGAGACCAACAGCCCGCCGCAGUUCCCUUCACCCAGACUGACAGGAAAAACACCACUGACGAGCAUCAUAGCACCCAGUCCCACCUCAGGAACACCAAGAAUGACCAGAUCCAACAGCAUCCCCGCUCACGAAGCCAGUUUUGAGCUGUAUCAGGCCUCUCCGCUGGGCAGCACCUUAUCACUCGCUGAGCGGCCCAAGAGCAUGAUCCGAUCCGGCUCCUUCAGAGACAGAGAUGCUGGCGAUGACGUUCAUGGCUCAGUGCUCUCACUGGUGUCUAAUGCCUCCUCCAGCUACUCCUCAGCGGAGGAGAGAAUACAGGGCGAGCAAAUCCGGAAGUUGAGGAGGGAGCUGGAGUCUUCCCAGGAGAAGGUGGCCAAUCUGACCUCACAGCUGUCUGCUAAUGCCAACCUGGUGGCAGCAUUUGAGCAGAGUCUGGCCCUCAUGACCUCUCGACUCCAGUCUCUCUCUGUCAGCGCUGUGCAGAAGGACAGUGAAUUACUGGACCUUAGAGAAACAAUCGAGAGCCUAAAAACCAAGAACAUGGAGGCGCAAGCUGUCAUCCAAGUCGCACUCAAUAACCCAGAUGUGGCCCCCAAAGAGUUGCGACUCAGGAGGCAGAACUCAUCCGAGAGCAUCUCUAGUCUGAACAGCAUUACCAGUCACUCCAGUGUUGGCAGCUUGAAAGACGACGCCAAGAAGAAAAAGAAAAAGAGCUGGGUCUAUGAGUUACGAAGUUCUUUUGGCAAGGCAUUCAGCAUUAAGAAGGGCGCUAAAGGUGGCUCCAUGUACUCUGAUAUUGAAGAGAUUGCCACUCCAGACUCUUCUGCACCCAACUCACCAAAACUGGGUCAUGAAGAUGGAGAGAAUCCGCCCACUUCCCUCACGUCCAGCCAAUCAGCCACUUCCUCUGUGAUCCAUGAAAGCAACGAGGAAAACGAGAGCGAUGAGAAGAUGGUGUCAGAGCUGCGGUCUGAGCUGUGGGAGAAAGAGAUGAAACUGACAGACAUUCGGCUAGAAGCGCUGAACUCGGCACACCAGCUGGAGCAGCUACAAGAGACCAUGAACAACAUGCAGAGUAUGGUGGAGAGUCUGAAGGCAGAGAACGAUCAGCUGAAAACAGGAAGUGCUCCAUCAUCCCUUGUCCUUCCUUGCAGCCCACCUUCUACUUCCACCUCCCAGCCAUCUGGUCUGGCCAGCCUCCUGAACUCCAACCAAACCAAACCACCAAUGAGCCUCACCAAGUCCUUCAGCCUCAGCCUCAGUGAGUGCUCCAACACUGACAUUGCUCCUAUGGAGUUACUGAGCCUGUCAUCUCAGAGGAAUGAGGUCUUUACGCGUGUGGUGGUCCGUAUAGCUGACCAGCAAGUGUCCAGAGAGCAGGUGAGGCAGCAGGAUUUCUACAUUGGCUCUGUGAGGAUUCAUGGGAAAACUGAAUGGUCUAUGUUAGACACGGACAUCUCCACAGCGUUCAGGGACUAUAUUUCGCAGGUGGAUCCCAGUGCGAGUAUGGGACUGUCUGUCGACUCUAUCCACAGUUACAGUAUUAAUCAGAGCAGGAGGGUGCUUGGAGACGAAGCCCCAGAAAGUUCACCCUGUGACUGUUUAAAAAAGGGUCCUGGACUCGUCACUGUCGCCCUCAAAGGUUUUAAGGAGAAGUGUGUGGACAGUCUGGUUUUUGAGACGCUCGUCCCCAAGCCCAUGAUGCAACACUACAUAAGUCUGCUUCUGAAGCACCGGCGGCUGGUCCUGUCGGGCCCCAGUGGGACGGGGAAGACCUAUCUCACCACCCGACUGGCUGAGUACCUGCUGGAGAGGAGCGGCCGUGAGCCCGGCCCUGGCCUUAUCACCACCUUCAACAUGCACCAACAGACCUGCAAGGACCUCCAGCUGUACCUGUCUAAUCUGGCCAAUCAGAUUGACCGAGAUUGUGGCACUGAGGACAUUCCACUGGUCAUUAUCUUGGACGAUAUCAGUGACGCGUCUUCCAUCACUGACCUGGUCAAUAGUGCACUGACCUGCAAAUAUCACAAAUGUCCUUACGUCAUUGGAACCACCAAUCAAUGUGUUAAGAUGUCAUCCAAUCAUGGCCUGCAUCUCAGCUUCAGGAUGGUCACCUUCUCCAACAACGUGGAGCCUGCAAAUGGUUUCCUAGUGCGUUACUUGCACAGGAAGUUGAUCGAGGCGGAGGAUGAAAGCACAGUUCACAGCACUGAGGUGCUGAGGGUUCUGGACUGGGUGCCUAAACUCUGGUACCAUCUCCAUACCUUCCUGGAGAAACACAGCACCUCUGACUUCCUCAUAGGUCCCUGCUUCUUCUUGUCUUGCCCAGUAUCAUUAGCAGAGUUUCGCUCCUGGUUUAUCGACCUCUGGAACCAGUCCAUUAUUCCUUAUCUCCAGGAGGGAGCUAAGGAUGGUGUGAAGGUCCAUGGUCAGAAAUCAGCAUGGGAGGAUCCAGUGGAGUGGGUGAGGGAUACGCUGCCCUGGCCUUCAGCUCAACAGGACCAGGCCAAACUCUUUCACCUCCCUCCGCCAACCACUGGCCCCAAUUCUGCUCCAACACAGCAGCCCAGUGAUGACAGGGACACGUCCAACAAGGACACAUCUCUGUCCACAAUGGAGUCCGAUCCACUGAUGGCGAUGCUGCUGAAACUCCAGGAGUCCGCCAACUACAUCGAAUCGCCUGAACGGGACAUUUCUGGCAACCCCACUUUCUAGGCUGAGCUAAAAGACUCGAGAGCUUACUAAUGGCUAGUGCUGUUACAAAACACUGUUCUGUACAGCUGAUUUGCACCUCUUGUCUCCUUCGAAAGGCUUGUGAGAGUCAAGAAGAGAAACUCUCGAGAACAUCCAUGUCAAGGCAGACAAAACUCUUAAGUCUGAAAGAAAAACAAAAGAACUGAUCCUGCCAGAUCUGAGCGAGAAUCUUUUUUGCACUGUUGUCUUAACCGGUCCUUCCUUUGCUUAUUUAACCUGCAAGUGGCAUGGCAAUACUUGCAACUGGGGAUUGUGAAGAUUGGACGAUUGUGAAGAUGAAAUGUUCUUGUCUACCAUACUGGGAACAAAAUGUGCUCCACAGUUGUUUGAUAUUACUUUUGCUUUGAGUAAUAUCUGACCAUAUGGACCAAACAUCUAUUUAUUCUUGUUUGCAAAAGUACCGACACUCCAUCAUCAAGAUCAAGUCACCUGAACCCUGUACACAAAGGUGCGGUUACAUUUAGACCAACUCGCAUGGAUGCAAAAUGUAAUGUAUAAGAUGGUGCUUAGAAUUCAGCCUUAAAUGAUGUCCCUCCAUAUAUCAUAAAGUCAGUUCCAUAGCAAUCAGAAUAUUAAUCUAUAUUACCUCACAGUUUGCAUAGUGAUGCAGUUUCAAGGUGCAGUACAUACCCAUAACCAGGUUGCAUUCAUUCCUAUCAAACACGCAGACAUCAGACAGAUGUCUACUGUAGAUCUCUGAGAGGAUGCACUUUGAUUCGUAGCUUUCAAUCAAGAGCACUGACUGGCUGUUCAAGAUUCGUAGGUUGUUCGUUCCAAAGGAGAGUUGCAGCAACAAAACCACCAGAAGUUGUGAGAGUUUGAGGCGACAUGAGUGAGGGAGACUGUUGGCGAUGGAUGAAGUUCAAUUAUAUGCAAAUGUCUACCAAUAGGAGAACAGAUAAUGAAGCUUAUGUGAUCUGCCGCUUGAUAUUGUUGAAAAAAGUUGCUGGAUUAAGGUGGCACUUGGAGAUGCUGUAAAGCUGGGAAUGACUGCAGUGAUGUUCAUGUGAUCCACCGCCUGAUACAGUUGGAGGGCGACCUCAGGCGAAUAAAUUGCUGUCAGUUAUAACAAAGGUGCUGUUACCGGUGCAUAGGAACAGUAUGCAACAUCUUACUUUCAGUAAACGUUUAUGUGCGUCCAGUGCUUUUGACCUUGAGGUACAGAUAUACUUCAUUUUCCAUGUUUUGCUCCAUCUCACACACCAUUGAGCAUUCAAGCCCUUCAAAAUAAACUUGAGCAUUGUGACCGUGAACAUGUUCUAGUGGGCCUUCAAGCACUCAAAUCUCUUGCGCAAUUGCUGUUGUCCAUGCACAAGUCCAUGGCAUGCAGACACAAAAAAACGGGCUACACGCAGAUGUUGUGCACAGACAAGAAUUGCUUAACAUGGACUGUGUGAGCCAGAGUGGAACAUGGGCAAGGGAAGUAUACUUUUAGCUUUAGAUCCAGUACCAAAGGUGCUCAUAGGUCAUCAAGAUAAUCAAAGGCUUUGUUCUCACUGACACCCCAAACCCAAUUCACCUGGCUUUGUUCUGAUGUAGCAACUAAUGUAGGCUCUGUUCCCACCUGGUAUUAACAUGUUUCAAAUGCAUCUCUUUUGAUCUCUUGUUUUUGGGUUUUGUUGAGAAACUCCCCUUUUAUUUUGGGAUACUCAACAUCUCUUUUGCAAGUAAGUUUUAAUUACUUAUUUUGGUGCACUUUCUCUCAACACGUCCCAGAACAAUCAAGUGUUAGUUGAGCAGGUGGCAAGAAGGUGAUGCUUCACUUCAUUUCGGAGCACAUCCAGGACAAAUAAGGAUUCAUAUUAUUAAUGGAGCCUGUCCUCCAACAACAAACGACCAUAUAGGUCGUUUGUGCAAGCACCUUAUUACAACCUAUAUUUACAUUUUAAAGUUAAGCGGCCUCUAGCGGGCGUAAAAAUAAUGACAGUCGCGUUGCGUCUGUCGUCAUGAAAUGACAUAUAACGUCAUUACCAAUCAAAACGCACGUUUAUUUAAAUGCAAUGUAUGGACUUUUUACAACGAUCUCACAUUAAUUCGUACAUAUUUUACUAGGUGGCUUAUUCGUUCGAAUGACCACACCUAACCCCACCCCCUAAACCUAACCCUCACAGAAAUCAUGCUAAAUUAUGAUUUAUUGAGCAUAUACAUUUUACGUGC